AUGUGUAUUGAUGAAUCAAUGAUAGCUUUUCAAGGUCGCCUUGUUUUUAAACAAUAUAUUCAAACAAAACGACAUAGGUAUGGAGUUAAAGUUUUUAAACUGUGUGUUAGUCCAUGCUACACACUCAAGUUCAAGAUUUAUUCUGGUAAAGAAUCUGUGGUUGACAAAAAUGAUAGUGUUUCUUCCAGAAUUGUUAUGAACCUUGUAGAUGAGUAUUUAGAUUUUGGGCGCACACUUUAUGUAGACAAUUGGUAUACUAGUGUUUCCUUAGCACAUCAACUUCUUGAACGAAAAACACAUUUAGUUGGAACACUCCGUUCAAAUAGAAAGUAUAAUCCUGACUAUGUUAUCAAAAAAAAAUUAAAAAAGGGUCAAGUAAUAGCUCAAAAAAGUUCAUCUAAAGUUAUGGUAUUAAAAUUUAAAGAUAAAAGAGAUUUACACAUGUUAAGCACAAAACAUACAGAUAAUAUGGUUAUGGUUCCAAGAAGAGAAAAUAAAUCAAAGCCAGAAGUAGUAUUAGAUUAUAACAGAGGUAAGUCUUUUAUUGAUCUUUCUGAUCAAAUGGCUUCAUAUGGCUCACCUCUUAGAAAAUCAUUAAAAUGGUAUCGUAAAGUGGUAUUUGAACUUCUUCUGAAUACAUCAGUUGUAAAUGCUUUAUGUUUGUUUAAAAAAACAACUGCAACACGCAUUAAGAUAACUGAUUUUAGAUCAAAUUUGAUAAAAUAUCUGACAUUCAAACCCAAUAUGAAUCAAGAACUAUCAAACAAACAUGUACUCACAACAGCCAAAAGAAACAGAUGUGUUCAAUGUUACUUGAAUAUUGCUCAAGAAAAAGGAAGAAAAUAUUCUCAAAGUCAUUGCAAAAAAGUCACAACAAAAUGUUUUAUUUGCAACAAACAAUUAUGUGUUCCUUGCUUUUUUGUAUUACACAAAACAUAG